AUGGGCUUGUGUUAAUCAUAGAGAGGUUCUAGAAAAUCUUUUGCAUCAAAAAAAUUACACACUUGUAGUGAUACCAAUAUUCAAAAUAAAAUAAAAGGUAAAGAUACUCCUAUUCGACCAAAAACUUAGCCAACUUUGAACACAAGUGCAAAAGACCAUUUUUCGACAUGCAAAAUUCCUUGUGCAAUAAGAACUAGUAAGAGGAUGAUUAAAGAAGCAUUAGCAAAAACUUAUUCUGUUUUAAAUAAAGAUUUUGGGCAACCAAGUAAGCUCAUCAAAUUAUUUAAGAUCAUAAUAAUUUUGGUUUAAUAUAACACAAUAUCACUGGAUAAGUUAGAACUGCCAGAACAAUAUUAAAAGAAGAUGAUUUCAUUGAUGACAUGGAAUUAUAUAUUAAUAAUAUUAGAGAGAACAAUCUAGUAGUUCUAUUUAUAUUUAUAUUAGACUUCACCUCAUUUUAAUAAUGUAAUUGAACUUUUUGAAGAUUGUAAAUGCUACUAUGUGAUAUAAUAAUAUUGUAGUGGAGGUAUGCUAUCUAAUUUAUGUGGGAAAAUCGAGGAAGAUAACGCCAUUUAUAUAAUAUCAUAAAUUUUAGAUGCUCUUGGAGAAAUUCACAAUUAAGGCAAUUAUCACGGAGGUUUAAGUAUUCAAAGUUUUUCCCUCUAAGAUUAAUCAAAUAACUACUACGUCAAACUAAUAGAUAUUUUUCCUGUAUUUUAUGUUAAAGAAUAAUUCGAGAUUAAACGAAUGUAGCAAAACGAUUUAAAAGCGGUAGGAUUAAUUCUUUUUUAAUUAAUUACAAAUAAAUAGAUAAAUAAAUUAACAACUGAAUCGAUUUUAAAGAAAUCAAAGGAUUUACCUAAAUAAUCACUUUGGUUUUAAUUAGUGAUGCAAUUUCAGGAUUCAAAAAAUUUACAAAUUUAUGAAAAUUUGUAGAACAAUUUCUUAUAUUAAAAUAUCAUCAAGAAAUAUUCAUCAUUAUAUGCAGAAUAAAUUUUAAAAAAAUUAUUCGUCAAAAAAUCUUCAUAUCUUUAACAAUAAAUAUUACUAGUGAUGAAUAAGAUUUUUUUUUCUGAAAGAAUAAAAUAAAUUGAAAGAAUAUUUUUCCAGAAUGAUACUAAUUAAAAUGGUACCUUAUCAAAAGAUGAAUUAUAAAAAGCUUUAGGAAUUGAAGAAGACAUAGAAGAGUUAUUUCAUUAAAUUGACAUAGAUGGAAAUGGAAAGAUAGAUAUGAAUGAAUUCAUUUUUCACUCAUGUGAUAGAGCCGCUUUAAUUAAUGAAUUUAAUUUAAAUGUAGCAUUUAAUGAGCUGUAAAGAAAAGGAUUUGUUAUUCCUUCAUAUUUUUCUAAAUAUUAAAAGGUUGAUGAAAACCAAAUAGAAAAUGAUAUUAAAAAUAAAUUUAGUUCAUAAAAAGUAAUUAUUUGUAAUAUAUUAAGUUAAACAAGCAAGAUUUCCAUAAACUAAUGUUUGAGCUUCUCUGA